AACAGCCCUCAGAGCUUGCUCACUGGCAGUACAGAGCGAACCAGAGACAGAGCCAGUGCAAGUAAAACAGCGAAAAUAACAAAACCAGCUGCAGCCUUUUUAAAUACAGGAAGAUUUCCUUUAACAUUAAUAAAGAACAACCAAUUGCUAUCAUCUUUUAAUUCAUUGGUUGAGUGCAGAAUAUAUAAAUAUACAUUAAUAUUUAUAUUAAAAAAGAGCACGAUUUUUUUUUCUAUAAAAAAAAGGAAAAAAAAAAAACUGGAGAACCAGCAGAACAACAACAACAACAACAAAAAGGCUGCUGAUUUAUAUCUGAAUUCUUCCUCUCUCAUCCCAGAGCUGUCACUGCUCUGGUGAUUCCCUUCUCAGAGUUUAUCUGAAAAACAAUAUUAAUUGUUUGUAGAAGAAUGGCAGCUGCCAAGACGGAGAUGCUUCUGUCCCCUCUGCAAAUAUCAGAUCCUCUGUGUAAUUUCCCCCACUCCCCAAUGGAUAAUUACCCGAAGCUGGAAGAGAUGAUGCUCCUCAAUCCAGGAGGGACACAGUUUCUGAAUCCCUCUGUACCGGAGAACACUGGGUUUGGCUCUGGGGAACCUGGAGACCAAUAUGAACACCUGACUGGAGAUACAUUUACUGAUAUCUCCAUCAAUGGUGACAAGUCUUUGGUUGAGCCAAGUUACCCCAACCAGACCUGCAGGCUGCCUCCAAUCUCCUACACUGGGCGCUUCACUCUAGAACCUGCAAACUGCAGCAACAGCCUGUGGGCAGAACCUUUCUUCAGCCUGGUCAGUGGACUGAUGGGAAUGGCAAAUUCGCCCUCCACUUCCACUUCAUCCUCACCCCCCUCAUCCUCAGCAUCCCAGAGUCCUGCCAUGAGCUGCUCCAUCCAGCACAGUGAGCCCAACCCCAUCUACUCAGCAGCUCCAACCUACUCCAGUGCCAGCACUGACAUCUUUUCUGACCAGUCCCAGACCUUCUCCAGCCAGGUCAGCAGCUCCAUCCAGUACCCUCCACCAGCGUACCCCAUCACCAAGACUGGCACCACCAACUUUUCAGUGCCCAUGAUCCCAGACUACCUCUUCCCACAGCAGCAAGCCGAGAUCUGCCUGGACCAGAAACCCUUCCAGAACCUGGAGAACCGAAACCCACAGCCUUCCCUCACACCUCUGUCCACCAUCAAGGCUUUUGCCACCCAGACAGGUUCUCAAGACCUGAAGAACGCCUACCAGUCCCAGCUGAUCAAGCCCAGCAGAAUGAGAAAAUAUCCAAACCGUCCCAGCAAGACUCCUCCGCAUGAGAGGCCCUACGCUUGCCCCGUGGAGACCUGCGACAGGAGGUUCUCCCGCUCCGAUGAGCUGACCAGACACAUCCGCAUUCACACAGGGCAGAAGCCCUUCCAGUGCCGCAUCUGCAUGAGGAACUUCAGCCGCAGUGAUCACCUGACCACCCACAUUCGCACUCACACUGGAGAAAAGCCCUUUGCCUGCGAAAUCUGCGGCCGCAAGUUCGCCCGCAGUGAUGAGAGGAAGAGGCACACCAAGAUCCACCUGCGGCAGAAGGAGAAGAAGGCGGAGAAGGUAAUUCCUGUCUCGGCUCAGUCUCCAGUCUCCAGCUACCCCUCCCCAAUAACAUCCUACCCCUCUCCAGUCUCCUCGUACCACUCUCCAGUACCCUCCUGCUACUCCUCUCCCAUGCACAACUCCUACCCCUCCCCGUCAGUGGCUACCUCCUACCCUUCAGUAACUACCCCCUUCCAGAGCCAGGGAGCCUCUACCUUCCCCACAAACAUUUACAGCUCACCUGUCGCCACUCCCCUGUCAGAUAUGCAGUCAACUCUCUCUCCAAGGACAAUUGAAAUCUGCUAAGACUUUUGCGCCAUCAAACAAAUGAUCAAAUGACUUUUCCACACACAAUUUCCGUGUGCAAUCUUAAGGUACCCGAAGAGUAAAGGCUAAGACUAUUUAAAAAAAAAAAACCUCAGAGAGUUAAAAGAAAAUGAGAAAAAAAGGAUUUCUACAUAAUCAGUUCUUCAGAAAGAAGUGUUCCAAAUGACUUUAAACAGCAAAUGGCACUUAAAGCUUGAGAUCUUUAGACCUUUACAAAAAAAGGGGACUUCAUCCUAAUCACAGUUAAUACCUAAAGUCUUAACACUCUCUUACCCCAGCUCAAGGACAGUCUGGAGAUCUGAGACAAUCAGAUCAACCAUGAAAAGACUUUGAUAAUAUACAUAAACUACAUGUAUAUUGUACAUGUGCCAUGUUUUGUUUAUCAUUCUUUGGUACUAUUGAUGUGAAAACUUAUUUGCAUAUCUACAUUGUAUUAUUUGAAGUUAACAGGGCCAUAUUUUAUAAAUAUUUUUCUCUUUUCUGUCGUGAAGAUGCUGUGAUGAAUUUUGAAUUUGUUUGAAAAGCACUUAAAUAUUCAAAGCAUGUGUAGGAGUGAUGUUCCUUUAUGUUAUUUUGUAAAUAUCACCCACUGUCACUCUCACACGUGGCAAAAAAAACAAAAACAAAACAAAACAACAAAAAAAAACAAGUUCUGUUUUAAAAGUUUUCAAACGUUUUGGUGCCUUUUGUGAAGCCUUGCUGACGUUUUGACACAGAGUUGUGUAAAUGGAUGAUUUGCAUCCAGCCUUAAGGGGAAAGGGAGUUUUUACAGAAUGUAAAAGGAAUUUCAAGAGAUUGAACAAUGACAAAAAGAAUGAUUUGAAGGCACAGCUUCAUUUCUUGUAAUGUAAGCAAAAAAAAAAAAAAAAUCUUAAAAGUAUAUUUUUGUAACUAAAAUGUAAAUAUCUCUAUAUAUUCAGGAGUUGGAAUGUUGUAGUUACCUACUGAGUAGGCAUGGAUCUUGUAUGUUAUUAACAUGCAGUCAUUAUUUUGUGGUUAUUUUUUAUUUUGUAAUUGUGUUUGUUAAACCAAGUGACUGUUUCUGGCUUCAAAACACAUUGAAUGCGCUUUACUGCCAAUGGGAUAUUUGGUGUACAAGAUAUCCUUACAGAGAAGAAAUAUAAAUGGAAUAAAAAUAUAAAUCUA